CAAUUUCUUGGCACUCCCACUCAAGCCACCCAAGCUCCGUUUCCCACAUGGCCCCACAUUUCCAGCGCCGUUCUGAAUCUUCCAACCGCAACCCAUCCCGCCACAGCGAAAGUGUAGACAGGGACUCAACACCAAGCCGACACUAUCACGACAUUUUUGCCCACCUAACCACCAACAACCCCCCCCCGCCGCCGCUUUUCCGAUCCAAUUACUUGCCCCCCUCAAAGAACCCAGUACCCCAACCACCAAAAUGAUAACCCGCUUCAUAACCGAAAUCCAAACCGCCUUCAACCCCUUCUCCCCCCGCGCCAAAUCCGCCCGCCUCUUCCUCUCCUUCCUCCCACCAAACGCCCGUUCCUCGGGCAUGAACAUCACCACCCAGCUCCUCCCCCGGUCCUCCACCGCGCCGAGCAAGCUUUAUGUCAAGUUUAAGGACGGCAAGGAACUCAACAUCGACGCCGACAACAUGGGCAUCAAGAGCAUAAUCGAAGAGGUCGACCGCCACUCCCGUAUCCUCCAAAAGGCCGACGAUUUGGCUGCUGCUUAAAGCAUUCUACAGUAUCAAAAACACAAAAACAAAAAACGGGCAGGAAAAGAAGAGGGAAUCUGUACAAAAACUGUAUCUACCACAUAUACCAUUCUUGUCUUUACAGCAUAGGGAAGGCGUUCAAAUAUCUUUACAACAAACAAAACACACCACUGCACACUCAUC